AUGGCGGCGAUGGAGAACUACUUCUCCUUCGGUUGCAGGACCAUGUGCGGCAUCCCCUCCAUCACGCUCACUGGGACGCUCGAGGACUGGCAGCGCUCCCACCGCGGCGGUGGCUCGGGCUCGCACUCUUUCAUCAGCGGCUGGAUCAGCAUCCUCUAUCCCUACCUCGCGAAUGGCCAAGCCAACAUUCUCCGGCCGUGGGCGGAGAUGUUUUUCCACGGCCCUGAAUCGUCCGAUUUCCCGGCGACGAUCUCGAGCGUGCCGUGCGACUGGGAGUACUUCGGAACGCAGUACGACCUUCACUUCCACGCCGGAAUCAUCGGCUUCACGCAGGACAGCGACACUGGCUCGCUCGAGUCGGUUCUCGGCUGGUUGAGCAGCUGA